AUGGAGAUCGUUAAGCAAAGAGAGAAGGUCGAUCUAUUUGGAAUCUUCAAGUUUUUCAUGUUGGACGUCAUCGGAGAUCUAGCCCUUAACAAGAGCUUUGGCCAAGUAACAUCUGGCAAAGAGCACCAAUACGUGAUUGACUUCAACAAUGCCUUUAUGCUUAUAGGACUUGAGCGAGUAGAAGAUUAUCUCAAGCAGGAUAUGUCAAAGAAGCUGGGAUCGUUGAUGUCAGAAUAUUUGGACCCGGCGACUGGGGAGCCGAAAGACGGCUACUCAGCUUGGUCUAUUGCACUUGCUGGCCACGGUUUCAUGUUAGUCAAUACUCCAGAGCCCAGUAGUAUUGGUGCCUAUACUUACUGUCCCGUCACUAGAGUUGCUGGGUCCGAAGCAACUUCUAUCACUCUGACAUAUAUCAUCUGGAUGUUGAUCAAACGUCCAGAUGUCGAUCAACGUCUACGACAAGAGCUGAGCAGGCUCAGCAAGAAUUACUCGAAUACUGAUUUAGCCAACCUCCCUUAUCUAGAUGCUGUGAUCCACGAGACUCUUCGUAUCUAUCCUCCUGCACCUGCACCAAUGCCACGAGUGGUGCCGAAGUCGGGGUUUGAAUUCGAAGGCGUCUCUUAUCCUCCAGGCACCGUCAUCUCAGCUCAGCCGUAUACCAUACACCGUCAUGAGGGAGUGUUCGAAGAUCCGGAUGAAUUCAGGCCCGAGCGCUGGCUCGACGUGCCUUCUGAAAAGAAGGACACGAUGUACAGAGCUUUUAUCCCAUUCUCGGCUGGUCAAAGAGGGUAA